AUGAUCCUCCAGCCGGCAUUUGGAAUUGUCGCCCUGCUCGCCACAGAAGCAGCGGCACACGGUGCAGUCACAAGUUAUAUCAUUGCUGGGAAGAACUAUCCUGGAUAUCAAGGUUACUCCCCAGCAAAUUCGCCAAAUGUUAUCCAAUGGCAAUGGCCCAGCUAUGACCCCAUUAUGUCCUGCAGUGACCCUAAGCUGCGCUGCAAUGGUGGUCGGGGAGCGACUCUCUGGGCCGAAGCAAAUCCCGGUGACGAGGUUACUGCCAUCUGGCAGCAAUGGACACACAGUCAGGGUCCCAUAAUUGUCUGGAUGUACAAGUGCCCUGGAGAGUUCAGCACUUGCGAUGGUUCUGGUCCUGGGUGGUUCAAAAUCGAUGAAGCUGGGUUCAACGGAGAUGGCAAGACAGUCUUCCUCGAUACCGAGCGGCCGUCUGGUUGGGAGAUUGCCAAGCUGGUUGGUGGAAACAAGGGCUGGACCAGCAACAUUCCUCAGGGCCUUGCACCGGGCAACUACCUCAUUCGCCAUGAGCUGAUCGCCCUGCAUCAGGCGAACGCUCCUCAAUUCUACCCCGAGUGUGCCCAGAUAAAGGUCCUUGGCUCAGGGACUGCCGAACCUCCUGCCUCAUAUAAGGUUUCCAUCCCUGGCUACUGCAAGGACAGCGAUCCCAACAUUCGGGUACCUAUCAACGACCAUUCGAUUCCUCAGACCUACACUAUUCCCGGCCCGCCGGUCUGGAAUGGCGCUGGUAGCACUAAAAAAGCUCGGGAUUUUACUGCUUAG